AUUGUACAGUACGGUAUACGGUAUAUACGGUGCAAUUCGCAUAAAUUAUAACAUGAAUCUUUGUACUUGGUGCUAACAAAUAAGAGUCGUGGUGAAAGAUCCCAAGCAACAUCCAUGGCACAACAGGAGCAACAGAAGAAGAAGAAGGAGAGUAUUUUAGAUUUGUCAAAAUAUAUUGACAAACAAAUACGUGUCAAAUUCCAAGGAGGCAGAGAAGUGACAGGGAUUCUGAAAGGAUUUGAUCCACUCCUCAAUUUGGUACUAGAUGGAACAACAGAGUUCAUGAGAGAUCCAGAUGACCCAUUUAAACUGACUGAUGAUACAAGGAAUCUUGGUAUUGCUGUGUGCCGAGGGACGUCAGUAGUCCUUAUAUGCCCAGCAGAUGGCAUGGAACCUAUAGCCAAUCCUUUUGUACAACAAGAUGGGUGACAUAUUAGAAAUAGGGGUUGUUAGGGUGCUACAAGUAGGCAAUGUAUAUAUUGGGGAUGGAGAUGUACAGGAGGGUUGGGUUAAUCUUUGUUCAACAGCUCCAGUCCUUUUUCUUGAUUAAGAAUUUGCUAAAGAUUAUCACAGUUUGUAAUAAUUCAAUCAUUAUCAUUCCUUCUGAUUUUACUCAAAUAAUUUUUUGCUGUAAAAUACUUCUCAGUAAGUUUUUUCCUCAUGCUUGACGUUUCCCAAAUGACAGAUUAAAAAAAGAGAGAGGGGUAGUUUGAAUGGUAUUCUUACCUGAUUUAAAGUGUUAUAGAUGAUGAAAGCCACACCCUUCCCCGUAUUCAUUUACAAUGGAAGAGUUCUUUGGUCAAUCACCAAAGAUGAUCGUUUAAGAUUGCCCAAAUGACAAGGGUACAGAAAAUAUGUUGCACAUUAAUUUGAGCAUCUAAUGAUGUGAGGAUUGUGGGUUAUAUCUAUUUAAGGAGGUAUUCAUUCUUAUCUAAUUGUCUCUCACAAAUAGCAGCAAGGAUUAUUUGACUGUUCAUUUUAUCUCUUCCUGUCCUGAUCAAGAAGAAUGCUUUGAAAGUCCUUAUACGAAGUGUUGAUAUCACAGACCAUGCAUUUUGUCUUUGGAGCAUAACUUUCUUGUGGAAAGAGCAGAAGGUAAAACAGUUUGUUUGCAUUUCAAGUUCAAAAGCUGCAUUUGUUUACAAUUAAAUGUGUAAUCAGUAAAGAGAAUGCACUUGAAAAAUAAUUAGCAAAACCAGGAUGAUUUCCUUUUUUGUUUCGCCUAAAUGAAGUUCGGCAGAGACAGUGAUCAGUUUUCCUGUUGAUCUGUUCGAAAUUGUUAAAGUUUUGGUUCAUCUUGUUCUCAUUUCUUUAUUUUUGCAAUAAUUAUAUUCAUAUUUGGUACAAAUGAUCCUUGGCUAAUACCACAUGUAACCUUAAAGUUGAAUUAAGAAGGGGGGUGAGUUUCCAUAAAUAUAGGUUCUACAUACAAUAUAUAGUAUAUAUAAGUUGUUCAAACACAUAGCAUGUCACAAUAAUCCUCUGCCUUCUCAAUAUUUUGCUUUGAAAGUCUAUGAAAUUAGCCACCUGUCAGAGCCCGAGAGACGAGUGUACAGAAAAGUCACUCGGAGUGUGACGUCACCGGGGGGAAUUUAGUAUAAGAGGUGCCUGAAUGUCAUACAGAAAUGCUAUGCAGAGAGAGAAAGAUAUUUUACAAUUUUUUUUCAAAGCAACUCAAAUCAAACAAAUAGGACUGAUAUGUACAAAUCUUUACUUUCCCUGUAUAAAAAACAGUAUGAAUAACCACCAUGAACUCUUCAAUCAUGAUGUAAGAUAGCAAACAGUGAGUUAUUGAAUGAUAUUUUCACUAUUUCUCAUUUAUUUUAUCACGAUGUUCAAUCAAGUGAGUAGCUGGAAAGUAAUUCCGGCGGCUAGCUCAGCGCGCGCUGAACGCAUAAUACUAGUACACACAACACCCAGGCAUUGAGUGUACUGUUAUGGUCUGGUAUGUCGACUUAGUUCAUGGCCGUGCAGCGAUCCCCUGGCGUUUUUUCUUCUUUUCUUUUGUCUUUGACUCCACUUUUAUAUCCUCUGGAUCAUUUCCACUCAUAGCUCAUUCCACAGAACAAUCUUGAACCAAACGUAUAGUAUUCUUUCUCGGCCUUCUGAGUUGUUUUCUAUAUUUAAUUACGCUAGGGGUCACCGUCACACAUACAAACGCAAUUCGGAAGUGAGUUGAAGACAGAAAGAUAUAUAGUAAUUAGUAUACAUCUCUAUGGUUGAAGACAACAAGAACGGUACGGUAGCUCGACAGCUAGCUGCGCCGGAGCGGGCGGCCGGUCGGCACAAAGCAAUUCCGCAACCAACUGUGUUUUUUUGCAAGAGCCGCGUCACACGCGGAUAAAUAUGUCAUAAUAACACGUCUGCUACGUUAUCGACUGGUGAGAAGAUCUCGAUCAAAUUUCAUAUUAUUCACCUUGAAAUUAUUCCUUUAGGGUCUAUUCUGAGGGAAUUCACAUAUUUGGAAUAAUAGUACGGCCACAAAUAUUUUAAUCAUUUCCUCUUUGCAAGUUCUAUGGCUCGCAGAUACAACUUCAACUGCAGUUAUUCCAUAGUAGUACACAAAACGGCACUGCCUUGUUUACUAAACCGGGACCGAAUACCCCCCGGUGACGUCACACUCAAAGAACACCCGUCUCGGUAGGCAUUGCAGGAGCGAACUCAGGGAAAAUGGGUAGGGAUAAAUCGUUCAAAUUCACUAUUUUGAAAAAAGAAAAUGGGGGGUCGAAUCACCUAUUAGUGUUUGGGGGGUUGUAAGGUUGCUAUUAAUGUAAAUAUCUCAAUAUUUGGAAUCGUCUUCUUAAUUCAACUUUAAGAGAUUGAUGGGGUCAAAGGUCAUCUAGGGGUCAAAAGAUCAAAUGAUAUGAGGUCAUGCUCAUCCUUUCUUUUAAGUUUUUGUUCAAAUUGCUCUCAUCUCUUUUUUUUUGCAUCAAUUAUGUUCAUACUUGGUACAUAUGAUCCUUGGGUAAUACUAGUUCAAUUCAAAUUGGUUUGUUAUAUGGAGACUUAAAAACAGUCUAAAGUUAACAGGAAAAAAACAGAAAAAAAAGAAAUGAAAUAAUAUACCUACGAAUUAACAAAAGAUAAUCAAAUAAGAAACAUAAGAGUAAGAUUAAAUAUGGUACUCGAGGUCAUACCCAUUACAGAAUUAUCAUUAAGAGGGGAUAAUGCUAUAUAAAUAAGGAGAAAAUAGAAUUACCCCCCAAAAAAAAGAAUUUAAAAAAAUAACAAAACAAAAAAACAUUGGGAUAUGUUGAUUGAUUUCAUUGUAAAUUGAGGAAAAAAAAAACUUGUAAAACAGCAGAAAUAUAUUUGUGCAUGACAAGAAAACGGUUAAGAUUAAACGAAGGAUAAUUGGAAAGUACAUUGAGAGUCAGCGAUCUAUGACAGCAACGGGGCCAGAACAAUGAAGUCACUUGACCAUUUCAUUGUUCCAGCUCCGAGUACCACAUCUGACAAUAUGAUAAUGAUGGGGUCAAAGGUCAUCUAGGGGUUAAAAGGUCAAAUGACAUGAGGUCAUAUUCAUCCUUUUUGGAAGUUUUUGUUCAACUUACCCUCAUUUCUUUAUUUUUGCAUCAAUAUUGAUCACACUUGGUGAAAAUGAUCAUAGGGUAAUACCACAUGUGUGUUGUUGAGAAAGAUGGGGUCAAAAGGUCGAGUUUUUGUUCAGAUUGCUCUCAUUUCUUUAUGUCUGCAUCACUUAUAUUCACACUUAGUACAAAUAUUCCUUGGGUAAUACCACAUGUGUGUCCUUGAGGAUGAUAAGGUCAAAGGUCAUCUAGUGGUCAAAAGAUCAUAUUGCAUCUGUUAUUGAUCAUGAAAUCAGGCGAGACUCGUGGUUCAUGAACCACCUUGUCUUCAGAGUGCAGACUAGCUACAUUAAACUUGAAAUAAAGGAAUUGAAAACCACCUUGGAAUACCACCCUGGCUUAUAAUUAUAACCAAACUUUUCAAAAUGUAAAAAAAAGAAGGUUGAAACCAUUGUCUUUGAUUCUGAUAAUGUAACUCUGUAUCAGCAUAUUAAAUUUUCAUGCAUGUGUGACCAGUGUUUCCACUUUGAAGGAAAUUACCUGAAUUCCGGAUCAUUUUCAGGUAAUUUUCGGGUAGUGAAAAAUUCCAGGUAAUCUGAAAAUUACAAUAAAACAUUGCAACUUUUAAUAUUAAUGUUAUAUUUAAAGAAUUUUUUACCUUGAAACGUAGCUCAAAAUUUUCCGCUUGCGCUUGGAUUUUAUAAUUUUGUUCCUAUUUUUAAAGAGGGCAUGAACAAAAAAAUGUUAAAUUCCUUGAUUUUGGUCACUUGGACCUAAUUUAGGCUUGCUGAAUAAUUGUCAGAUUUAAAAAAAAAUUGAACUUGAAAAUUCCAGGAAAUGUCUAUGAAUUCCGGGGAAAUUUGGGAUUCAGUUUUGGGAAAUUUGUUUUGGAUCUGUGGAAACACUGUAUGUGACCAUUUAUAGGACUUGUCAAAGCAGUAAUACAUGUAUGUCUCCCUCUCUUGUUGGUAUUAGUGUUAUUAUUUUUGCCAUGAGGUGCAGGGUGUUGGUCAAAACUUGGCACUUUUGCUGUGUGACAGCCAGUAUGAAUUUCAUCCAUGAUAGGAAUACAUGUUGAAUAGGUACCAUUAAUUAGGCAGAUAUAUUCAAAUGCAUGAAAAGAUGGCACAUUGAGUGAUAUAUGUAAAGUAUAAAGAGCAAGGAAGUGUUCCUUUACAUUAUAGAAAGGGAAGUAAUGCCCUUUCAUUUUUAGAUUUUUGUUUUCUAUGUGGAUAAUAAGGACAAUAUAUGACACAAUGCAAAUACAAUUUGCUUUAAAACAAUUAUGGAAAAUGCCAAGUUAAUGAUUUAUUCAAUCAUGAUUAUGUUAGUAAAAAUUACUUUUUUAAAAGUCUAUAAGGAAAGAUGAAGUAAGUUCAACUUCAAUCAGUGAGGGCAGAAAACUAAGGUUUUGAUGUCACUUGUUUUACCAUUCUAACUGCAUAUGCAGGAUACUCUUUAAAGAAUUGGAGCUGAGCAAAACGUUUUAUAAUAAAAUGUUGAAAGCCGA